UCUGGCAUCUUGGUGACAACGCACCAGCCACCAGGCUCUCCAUUUAAGGCGUUAGCUCCAUCCCUUUCUAGCGGGUUCUUCUCUCUCACGGCAAGGCAAGGAAACAAAGCAAGCAUGAUACACAUGCUAGUUGCGGACUGGGAUUCCCCGACGCGUGUCAGGGUAACGUGUGUGGUGGGCCGUGAGCCCGCCGUGUAAGCGGCCCUGUGUUACCCUGACGCUCGUCAAGUUGAUGCACAUGUCUGCUGCAAACAUUCUUUAAUUUCAUGAAUUUGUAUGAGGUUGAGGUCAACUGCCGUAUAAAUCCUCCCAGAGGGCACAAACCUACGCAGGAACAUAAACAUAGAUGGGUGGUGUUACUGCCUUCUUCUACAUCUUGCUGUCCCUCUGGGUUCAGGAUGCAGCGGCCAUUAUUGGCUUCACAAGAAGUGAUUUCGCACAAGACUUCGUCUUUGGAGCUGGAACCUCAGCAUACCAGUACGAGGGUGCUGUUGCUGAGGAUGGCAGGAGUCCAAGCUUUUGGGACACUUUUACUCAUGCAGGUAAAAUGCCAGACAAAAGCACAGGAGAUAUUGCUGCAGAUGGGUACCAUAAAUACAAGGAGGACCUCAAGCUUAUAUCUGAGACAGGCCUAGAGGCCUAUAGGUUCUCCAUCUCCUGGUCAAGGCUUAUUCCAAAUGGACGUGGAGCUGUCAAUCCCAAAGGGCUAGAGUACUACAACAACAUCAUAGAUGAACUAGUGAAACAUGGCAUUCAAAUACACAUCACACUUCACCAUGUAGAUCUCCCUCAAAUUCUUGAAGACGAGUAUGGUGGAUGGUUAAGCUCCAGAAUUAUCGAAGAUUUCACAGCGUAUGCAGAUGUUUGCUUCAGGGAGUUCGGAGAUAGGGUAAAAUACUGGACUACAGUGAAUGAGCCUAACAUUGGUGCAAUUGCCGCUUAUGGCAGUGGUCAAUUACCACCUGGCAGAUGCUCAGAUCCAUUUGGAAUAACAAAGUGCACAGCGGGGAACUCCAGCACUGAACCAUACAUAGCAGUUCAUACUACCCUAUUGGCGCAUGCAUCAGUUGUCAAACUGUACAGAGAAAAAUAUAAAGCUGAGCAAAAAGGAGUUGUGGGCAUAAAUAUCUACUCCUUCUGGAGUUAUCCACUCACAAAUUCCAGUGUGGAUUUGAAAGCAACUCAAAGGGCUAAGGAUUUCAUAUUUGGCUGGAUGCUGGAGCCUUUGGUGUUUGGGGAUUACCCAGAAGUAAUGAAGAAUAUUGUUGGCUCUCGCCUUCCAUCCUUCACAAAAGUUCAGUCUGUACUUAUCAAGGAUUCUUUUGAUUUUUUUGGAAUAAAUCACUACUAUUCUCUCUAUGUGAAUGACCGACCUAUAGAAAUAGAUGUUCGAGACUUCAAUGCAGACAUGUCAAUUUAUUACAGAGCUUCUAGGACAGGUCCGCCAGCUGGUCAGGGUGCGCCAACAAAUGUUCCAAGUGAUCCCAAAGGGUUGCAACUUGUACUGGAGUACCUGAAAGAAGCCUAUGGGAACCCUCCCCUUUAUGUCCACGAGAAUGCAGGCCUGGGAUCUGCCAACGACGACCUCGAUGACACUGACAGGGUCGAUUACCUGAGCAGCUACAUGGGAAGCACACUAGAUGCAAUAAGGAAUGGGGUUAACGUGAGAGGCUACUUCACGUGGGCAUUCAUGGACCUGUUCGAACUCCUAGCAGGAUAUCAGUCAAAAUACGGCCUGUACCGUGUCGAUUUCGACGACGUGAGGCGGCCUCGGCAACCCAGGCUCUCGGCUCGUUGGUACUCCGUAUUUCUGAAGAAGAAUGGAUCUUCUCCUCUAGUGUCAGGAACACAGGAGGACCUGACGCUGAACACCGUGUCCUAAGUUUGGUGUGCGCGUACGCGAGAUGGCACGUGUGCGUAUGCAACGCUCUUGUCUAUGGUUUAUGGUUUGAUAGGAGGCUGCUCAAUGCAAUUUUCUUUUUUCAGAAUAAUGGUGGUGCGGAAUCCAAGUACAAAUACAUAUAUUUAUUUGAGGAUGUACGGUUCUCAAAUUCUCACCUUUGACGGAUGAGCGACUCGUCGGUAACUUAUUGUCAUUUACAAAAUCAUUUGGUUGUGUGCAUCCAUCGACGCAGAGGUCGGCGGUACUCCCUCCAUUUGAUUUGUUUUUUACAAAGUCAUCAGCGAUAACACGUAAGUGGAGACAAACAAGCACAUCGUGGCCGGAUGAGUAAGGUUUGUUAGAAGUGACUUUUCUAGCGUGGCCGGACGAGUAAGGUUUGUUAGAAGUGAUUUUUCUAGGCAGAAGCCUAUUGUAGGUGUCACCACUGACUGGCCAUUAAUGAUGGUUCAUCGGUGAUAGGUCAUAUCUAAUGGAUCUUUUUAAUAUAUCUGUCAGCGUACAAUUUUUA